AUGGAGGUGACUACAUCGACCGAUCACGACCUUGGCUUCCCGAGGGGUCACCCGAGUCCGUCCGACCAGCUUGUACUCGAGGACCGCGAGGGUUUCCUCGACAGCCUGCGCCAUCUCCGCGACGACCACGAUGACCAAGACGGACACGACAUCCAUCUGGGCGGCACUGCAAUGACGGCCGCCCACCAGCCAGUCGAUGCCUUCAUGACCAACAACCACAACCACCACAACGACAACCACAACAACAGCAGCAGCAGCAGCAAUAGCAACGACAUCACAGCCAGCAAGCUGCUAGGGCCCGCACUGUUUCCCAUGCUUCGGCAUGCCAACGAUGACGAUGCCGACCACAGCGAUGCCGGCCACCACGACCAUGACGAAUCCCUCGCGACUCAGAAUACGCCCAGCGGUAUCGCUCAGCUGCGAAAAUCAUCGGAACAUGCUGCCCAGAACAACAGCAGCUCAAAAUCGGAGCCCAUGAACAUUGAUGACUUCAUCUUCUCCGAGAACGCUGCCACCCCCUCCGGCAUCACCAUGUCGCCGCCACCUCCCCCGACCGACAGCAACUCCUCCUCCACCACCACCACCACCACCACUACCACCACCACCAACGGCAAGCCCGCUUUCCAGAAGCCAGCACACGGUAUUCCUAUUAAGUCGCGCAUGCAGCAGCAGAAUGGCCAGAGUCAGCCUCAGAGCGACCACCAAAUGUCAGAUUCCCAUCAAUUUGUGCCUCAGUCUGUUCCCGAGCCGCCUCAUCACUUCAACCAUGAGUUCAACUAUGUCAAGCGCCAUCCGCGAAAGACCAGUAUCGACGAUAGGAGGACUCGGAAACGUCCUGCAAACUUCUCCCCCCAUGUCAUUGCCGUCAACUGCAACACACCAGGCGCACACGACCUGGAGCCAGAUUCUGAUCUCCGCGACUAUUCUCUUGAUGCCAACCCUCACGUCAACAUGAACCACUCCCACAAUCAGCAGGGCCCGCCCUUUCAUCUCGACACCUUCAUGGACAAUGACCCCAUCAUGACCUCGGCUGGACCCUUCCAGCACAGCUUCUUCUCCCCCGGAACAUCGCCCAUGGUCCCCAACGCCCCCUUCUCCACCAUAUACAAUGGCUCCUCUGUCCCCUCGUCCUCGAUGAACACGGCCGACAUCUACUCACCACCGGGAUCCGCCUAUCAGUCCACCGUCUCUACGCCGCACCCGGCUGCUGAUAACGACGGCUUCUACUUUGGAGGCCACGAUAUCCAGCACAGCCGCUCCCAGAGCUUCCGGCAAGGUCACAACUCCAACCCCAGUGGUCAGAUGAAUCAGCAGUUCAUGUACAGCAGCUCCCAGCCCGGUCAUGUCAACGGUAGUGGAGCUGGUGGUAACAACAACAACAACAACCACAACCGUAAUAGCAAUAGCAACGGUGCGAGCAGUAACAGCAACAGCAACAGCAACAACAACAACAACAACAACAACAACAGCAGCAGCAGCAACAGCAGCAACAACAACAGCAGCAACUCCAUGUUCUCUGCCCCUGGUAAUCCCGACUCCAUCUCAGCCUUUAGCGGCCCCUCCAGCUCAUUUGGCCACAUCGACCCGGCCCAGGUCUUCCAGCCCGACCACGCUCUCGGCUCCCCGAGCGUCUCUAUGGGCCAGGAUAACAUGUUCUCCUUUGGUGCUGACUCGGAUGACGAGGACAACAACGCCUUCUCCGACCGCAACAUGAACAUGAACGACUUCUCCAGCAGCAUGGACGAGCCAUCUCUGGGCUGGGACGCCUCGCUGCCUGGUCAGUUCAGCACGCAGGCUGCCCGCUUCCCCGGUGGACCGACCCGUAAACAGGUCGUCAUCGGCGGCACCACGACCGAGUACCUCGACAAUGGCGACUGGGAGAGCAACGGCCUCGGCCGCUCUCAGUCGUUCCGCGGAACCGGCGACAAGAGGCAGCAGAGGAUCCCCCGCAACAUCUCGACACCCUCGCAGCUGGCCAAGCACGGCGGCCUCGAGCACCUGGCCCAGUCGCUCCCGAACUCGCCCGGCGGCGAUGGCCCGGGAUCCAUGUCUGGAUUCUCGUCGGUCGUCCCGAGCCGCCCAGCCUCGCCGUCCAUGUCGAAACAGGGCUCCAGCUCCAACCUGCAGGCGGCCGGUCAAGGCGACGGCAACGGCCCCACCACGUGCACCAACUGCUUUACCCAAACGACGCCUCUUUGGAGAAGGAACCCCGAGGGCCAGCCUCUCUGCAACGCUUGCGGCCUCUUCCUGAAGCUGCACGGUGUGGUUCGACCGCUCAGUCUGAAGACGGACGUCAUCAAGAAGCGUAACCGCGGAUCGGGUCCCAACGUGGCGGUGGGCAGCACGAGCACCAGGUCCAAGAAGGGUGGAUCGGCCGCCGCCUCGCGCAAGAACUCGACCCUCUCCAUCUCCAACACGGCCAAGGAGGCUGCCGCACCAGCCGCCGUCAGCAACUCGAAGAUGACAGCCAACAUGAGCACCUCUCCCACCUCUACCUCUCCUACCGUCACCACCAACAUGCACAGCAACUCGACCAAGACGGUGAAUGUACACGGUCAGCAGCAGCAGCAGCAGCAGGCUACCACGCCUCCGUCGACUACUCGGGCGGGUAGUGCUAACGAGGUCGAGAGUCCCGCUAGCGCCGGUGCUAACUCGGUUAAUACGGCCGGGAGCACACCCAACAGCCACUUUGGCAGCACCACGUCGUCCAACGCGGCCAUGGGCGGCAAGGGCGUGGUGCCCAUCGCAGCCGCCCCACCCAAGACGGCCCCCGGACCGGGAGCCUCGAUGGCGCGCAGCUCGACGGCGUCGUCGAAACGUCAGCGCAGGCAUAGCAAGAGCGGUACCGAGGUGUCUCUGGGCAUGGACCUCGACAGCCCGAGCAACUCGACCGGGUCCAACGAGGCGGCCGGGCGUCCGUCAACGGGAAGCAGCAUGCACAUCAUGCCGGGCGGCAUGAUGCCCAAUAGCUUCCACAUGUCGCAGCAACGGCCGAUGAUGGGUUCCAACGUAGUGCAGAUGAGUGGAGCAAGUCAGCAAAAGCCCAUGAUGGGGAGCCCCGCGUCGUCUUCCGGUCCCCAGGAGUGGGAGUGGUUGACUAUGAGUCUGUGA